CGUAAACACCACCUUUGACCUUCCUAAAGCAUAGUACUCACUACAAAAAAACAGGUAGAGAUAUCUGCCAUUCCUUAAAAUACAUUAUGGAUUCUAAAUGGAAAUUGCCAUUUAUGUCAAAUAAAUCACCGACAGAUCCUCCAACUAGAAAACCGUUGGGUGGCAGUUAUUCACGACAGAGUACUCAUUCAUCAACAUUUAACCCUUUUGAACAGAAACCACCAAUGCCGACAAAUGUAGAUGUACGCCAACCUUCAGGACCUUUUCGAAUCGUGAAAGCUACAUCCACAGAGGAUGCGUUAACGAAUUGCAUCAUUGUCUCUCCAAUGGAUUUUCGUGAGCAGUACAUCAUCGUUGAUAAUAUGAGAGUUUUCAGUACGAAACCUGUUCCUGGAUUUCCACAAGGAUGCUUAGGUGCUUCGCAACCUCAUCGAGAAUGGGCCUCUUGGUCUCUUAAUCAGCAGGUGAAUGUUGCAGGUUAUGACCCAUUCGGACCAAAUGGAGCGCCUUACUUAAGUGCAGCAGAAUUAGAAGUUGAAUUUCAAAAUCGUAAUCGUACAACUAAUGAAGCUUUAGACGGCGAAGAAAUGGCUAGUCUGUUCGCAAGCAGCUAUCAAAAUCAGGUGUUUGCCCCUGGACAGAAGAUUGUGUUUGAUUUUAAGUCUUUCAAUAUAAAGGCCACUGUGCGUACGAUUGCUUGUGUUGAUCUUUUGCUUUCAGAUUCCCCAGACCAAGGAAUCACUAGCAAAACGGAUCCUAAUUCUCGAGGAAUCCUAACUUCUCAGACAGAGAUUCACUUUCUUAAAAGUGCUAACAGUACACUCCGUCUAAAGGCUAGUAUGAAGCGUCCUGCAGCGAACGCAAUUUUACAGCCUGGAUUUAAAUUCGAAGACAUGGGAAUUGGUGGUCUUGAUACUGAAUUCAGUGCCAUUUUCCGUCGUGCAUUUGCUUUGCGUCUUUUUCCUCCAGGGAUGAUUGAAAAAUUAGGUAUUAAUCACGUAAAGGGUAUUUUGCUUUACGGUCCUCCUGGUACAGGUAAAACUUUAAUUGCUCGUCAAAUUGGUAAAAUGCUCAAUGCUCGUGAACCGAAGAUUGUAAAUGGUCCCGAAAUUCUAAACAAAUAUGUCGGUCAAAGUGAGGAAAAUGUUCGUAAACUUUUCGCCGAUGCCGAACGUGAGUACCGUGAGCGUGGAGAAGAGUCAGGUCUCCAUAUUAUUAUCUUUGACGAAUUAGAUGCUAUUUGCAAGAAAAGAGGAAGUUCUGGAGGUGACACUGGAGUUGGUGAUCAGGUAGUCAACCAGUUACUUGCAAAAAUGGAUGGUGUUGAUCAACUAAACAAUAUCCUCGUAAUUGGUAUGACUAACCGUAAAGACAUGAUUGAUGAAGCACUUGUUCGUCCCGGCCGUUUGGAAGUUCAUGUUGAAAUUUCUCUUCCUGACGAACAUGGUCGUUUACAAAUAUUGAAGAUUCAUACUGGACGUAUGGCUUCCAACGGAAUUUUAGAGGAUGAUGUGGAUUUGAUCGAAUUAGCAAAUCUUACUAAAAACUUUUCUGGUGCUGAAAUUGCAGGUUUAAUUAAGAGCGCUUCAAGUUUUGCAUUUUAUCGCCAUAUUAAAGUAGGUACUACCGCUGCUGUUUCUGGAGAUUUGGAAAACAUCAAAGUCAAUCGCAAUGAUUUUUUGAAUGCUCUCAAUGAAGUUCGUCCUGCAUUUGGUGUUAGCGAAGAAGAGCUUGAAAGUCGCGUACAGGGUGGUGUUAUUAACUAUGCAAAGCAUAUUGAAGAAAUUUUCACAGAAGGCAAGCUCUUCGUCCAGCAAGUUAAGAACUCUGAAAGAACCCGUUUAAUGAGCGUUCUAUUAUCUGGACCUAUAGCUUCUGGUAAAACUGCCUUAGCCGCUACUAUUGCUUUGGGGUCUGAUUUUCCUUUUAUCAAAUUGGUAACUGCCGAAGGUAUGGUUGGCAUGAGUGAAAACGCAAGAGUAUCCUAUGUGAAUCGCGUGUUUGAAGACAGUUAUAGGAGUCCUCUCAGUGUGAUUGUUGUUGAUGAAAUUGAACGUCUUAUUGAUUGGGUUCCCAUUGGUCCCCGUUUCUCGAACACCUUACUUCAAACUUUGAUGGUCCUUUUCAAAAAACAGCCUCCUAAAGGUCACCGCUUGCUUAUUCUUGCUACUAGUUCCGAGAGAACAAUGCUCUCUCGAAUUGACAUGACAAAGUCUUUUGAUGCUGAAUUAGCUGUACCGAAUGUCGGUAACAUUGAAGAAUUAGAUCGUGUUCUACAAUCUGUAGAUUAUUUUGCCGACCCCAACAUUCGGGUAGAUAUAUUGCAGCGGCUUCAGGGCUACACAGGAACAGAAAAGGUUAACGUUGGAAUUGCGAAGAUCCUUUUGAUUGCUGAAACAGCUAAACAAGACGUUGAUACUGUCUCUUGCUUUGUGGAGACUUUGGCAAGAGCCAUUCCGAUGGAUUAAGUUAGAAUAACUAGCAUCAGCAGCUAAAACUUUUUUCUCUUUAUAUUAAGCAUAGAUAACUAUUAUAUUUUGUGUACUUCUUGUAUAUCGCUUGUCACGUUUAUGAGCGAUAUCCAACUAAGAUGUAUAGAUGUCAUGAAUAAAUUAAUGAUGAUUUGCUGUAACAGAUUUGAAUAAAUUAAUUUUUUUUCAAU